CAUGAUGGGGAUAAUGCAUAAAUGACAAAGAAAGUAUUUUUAUUUCAUUUUCUUUAGACUUUAUUAGAAGCCAAGGAACACGAUGUUAAAGAAAAACCACUCCGACGUGACUGAAUUUGUUCUCCUGGGCCUGACUGACCGAGCUGAGCUGCAGCCUGUACUUUUUGUGGUAUUCCUAGUGAUCUACCUUAUCACAGUAACAGGCAAUGUGAGCAUGAUUUUUUUAAUUAGAAGUGACUCAAAACUGCACACGCCGAUGUACUUUUUCCUCAGUCACCUCUCCUUUGUAGAUCUCUGUUAUGCCACCAAUGUCACUCCGCAGAUGCUGGUUAAUUUCUUAUCCGAGAGAAAAACUAUUUCUUUCAUUGGUUGCAUCAUACAAUUCCACUUUUUCAUUGCCCUGGUCAUCACAGAUUAUUAUAUGCUUACAGUGAUGGCUUAUGACUGCUACAUGGCUAUCUGCAAACCCUUGUUAUACGGUAACAAAAUGUCCAAAUGUGUCUGCAUCUCUCUAGUCGCUGCUCCUUACAUUUACGGCUUUGCAAAUGGACUGGUACAGACUGUACUGAUGCUACGUCUGUCCUUCUGUGGACCCAAUGAGAUCAACCACUUUUACUGUGCAGACCCACCUCUCAUGGUCCUCGCCUGCUCAGACACCUAUGUCAAAGAAACUGCCAUGUUUGUGGUGGCUGGAUCCAACCUCACCUGUUCUCUCACCAUCAUCCUCAUCUCCUAUAUUUUCAUCUUCACUGCCAUCCUGCGCAUCCGCUCUGCUGAGGGGAGACGUAAAGCCUUCUCCACCUGUGGGUCCCAUCUCACUGCUGUCACCAUCUUUUAUGGGACUCUGUUCUGCAUGCACCUGAGACCCCCUUCUGAGGCAUCUGUAGAACAGGGGAAAAUUGUAGCUGUGUUUUAUAUCUUUGUGAGUCCUGUGCUAAACCCUUUGAUCUAUAGCCUGAGGAAUAAAGAUGUUAAAAGAGCAGUAAGGAAAGUUAUCCAAAAGAAAUUGUUUGUUAAAUAA